AUGGGUUUCGCUAUUUCCACCAAAACUGCAAACACUGCUGCAGCUUGUAUGUCAUUUAUUUCGUUCUUGUUUCUUUUAUUAGUGAACUUGGGAACGCCAGUUAUCAAGUCAAUUUAUAUUGCGAGUUAUAGGGAUCCGAAUUAUGAAUAUAAGGCAGGUCUGGGUUAUAAUUAUGGAGCAGGGAGCGGCAGGAGGUUCUUUGGAAUAUACGGCGAGUGCACGCAAUUUAAUAAUAGUGAUAAUUAUCUUAGUUUUGAUUCUUAUACAUAUUAUUGCGUGGAUAGUUUUACACCUUCAAACAUUUUUGACGGUACAAAAUUUUUGUUGAUUAUGCAUGCUGUUGGUGUAAUAACAUCACUAAUGUUAUUUUGCAUCGGAAUUUAUGCUCGUCGUCAUGUUAUGAAUGAAGGAAUGGCAUGGAUAUUUGCAUUAUUCAGUUCUUUUAUCGUUUUGUUAGCAAUGGCAGGACAAAUUGAUAUGUUUUUAAAACUCCAAUAUUGGUUUAAUGAUUAUAAUGGAAAAGAUUUGAAACUUGGAGCUGGUGGACUUAGUCUUGUGAUUAUGUCUCUUAUCUUCUCACUCUUAUCAGUUCUUGCAUUUUACAAAGGACAUCAAGCUGUAAGUGAAGGAGGCGGUGACAUCAAUGGUUCCAAUGAUAACGAAAAUAUGAACACAGUAAUGACCAACCAGCAGAAACCUGUUCCUCAACAAUUUCAAAUUCCACAAACUUAUUUAAACCCUCAAUCUGAUACAAAUAAUCAACCUUAUUCGAGCACCAACGAUCAACCUGUUGUUUAA